AUGCAGCGACGCCCUUCCCUUGUUCCUGACCUGUUCCACAUCAAACGGACAACCGUGGAACCUGGAUCGCCUCCUAUCGUCCGUACCGAAAUUUGCGGGACUUACACCGACCUCGAUUCAGCUCAGAAGGUUGCACUUCGCCGCCUUGAGGAUGAGGGUUUGUCUCGCGACUCUCUGGGCGACUAUGCGACGAAUGACAUCACCCAACCUUCAUCAGCAUGGAAGCAUGGGGAAAACGUUGUUGUCCACGCCCGGAAGGGGGACGAGGUUCAUGACGUUGAAAUCGAAACCACGCCAAAUUCUCUGGGCGUCCGCUCCAAGCCGGGUGAUGGGAGAGUAGAGGAUAAUCUUUUCUAUGUUCUUUGCACCGUCCAGGCUGCCGAUGGGUCUACACAUACGGAAAUCAGGGGAAUACAUUUGUCCCGACAGGCGGCUGUGGCUGCUGCCCGGCAUGAAUUGGUGAGUGGCGACCGCAAACAGGACUGGUACAAAGACUACAAAGAGGAAGUCGGGGUGGGCCACAGGGAGGAAGAUGUUGAAGGACACCAGCUUGUUGUGACUGCAACUGGGGAGGAAGGCGAGAAGUACAUUGUCAGCGUGAUUCAUGAAAGCUGA